CUAUGGUCUUAUUCUCAUUUUUGUCUUUGCAUCUUUGAAAAAUUCAGAAACCAACAAGACAUGGGUUCUUGCAUUAGCAAAUGCAGACCCAAGAAAUAUUUCAUACAAGACUUUAGUCAUGUUCAAGACAAGCUUGUGAUCUCACAAGCUCCAAAAACUCCCAUUCCUGUCUCAAACAAAAUUUCCCCUUUGCCUCUUUCACCUACCAUUUCUUCUUCUUCUUCUUCUUCAGUUUCUUCCUUUAGCAACACUACAACUAGUUCAUGUUCAUCGAUUUCAAGCUCAUCUUCGGUCUUAAGCUCGAAGGAUAGGUCUUUUUCGAAUGAGUUCUUGUGGGCAUGUGUUAAGGAAAACCCUCAUAUAAUUCGUAUUAAUUCAAUCAAGGAAGCCUCCCUUGCGUUAGCCACUACUAAAUCUCCUACUCAGAAAUUAGGCUCCCCGGUUAAACCAGCUGUGGCACGAGCGAAACAGUCAAUCCCGCAAAGGGAGAAGGGCUUUACACCACAGAAAAGAGGGCGGUCAAGUUCACCAACAACAUUGACUCGUCAAAAGAGCUUCCGAAAGGAGCCUGAUAGACUUAAUUCUGCAUAUAAUUUGCCAAGUAGGAGUUUGAGGUCACCAUCUCCAAGCAGGAGAUUUAGUACCGGAGAUUAUAGUCGGGGAAUAUUGGCAAGUACAUCCAAGGAAAUUUGCUCAUCAAAGCGAAUUGUUGGCCCUAAGGUAAAUGCACUGAACUCUGUUUCUUCCUCUCUAAGAAAGGAUAAUUUCAGGCCUUCAAGUCCAAUGAUCAGCCAUCCUAGUCCAUUGAAGUCUUGUUUGAGAAAUCGGGAGACUUUCAUUCACCGUAUUAGUUCUAAAAUCGAUGAAAGUGCGCUCCAAGCAGCCCUGUCCCAGCAAGAAAAUGACUCCAUUACUAUGGAGGACAUUGACAAUCCUCAUAUUUCCUUGGAUUGUUUCAUUUUUCUGUAGAAAAUGAGCUUGCAUAUGCAUACUGAAACAUUUUCCAUUAUCACAUUUUUAUAUUUUUCUUUUUUGCUUGAUUUUCUGAUUGUUUGUCCCCAAUAUUCACUAUGGAUAGGAUUAAAAAUGAUCAACAGGAUCAACUAUCUAGAUUGAUAGUGUUGAUUGAAUGGGAUGUAUUGAUUUUCUCAAAUUUGUUGUUAUAUACUACGAAGAAUGAAGAUUGUUAUAA